CACAGCCACAUGUUUAUCUGCAUUUCGGACUCCUUUGAUCAAACGAUCUGCACCACAUUCAGGCGCUCAGCUGCAGCUACGCCCAGUUCGCGAUUUCUUAUACAAUGGGAGAACCGGAACAUGUCAGGUCGACUUACAAUGACAUACACAACAUUAUCAGAGGAGCCUCGGACAAGAUUGCGUCUGAAUUCAAGCCAGACAUGUUUAUCGCGAUCGAAGGAGGUGGUUUUUUCCCAGCUCGUGUACUGCGCACAUUCCUGAAAGACCCGUCGACAAAAAGGAACAUCCCCAUUCAAGCCAUUGGUCUCUCACUCUACGAAUCUCUCCCUGGUACAACUGCAGAGCAGCUCGGCGGUGAGGUUAUUCGCACCCAGUGGCUAGGACCAGACCCGGGUAAAAGGUUGCUCGGGAGACGAGUAUUGAUUAUUGACGAAGUCGAUGAUUCGCGCAAAACCCUCCAGUAAGAGCUCGACAAAAAUAGAUCUUGUACCUGACACAUACUCGUCCUAUCCGCUGUGCAGAUACGCAUUGAAUGAGCUCCAGAAAGAUGUUGAAACAGAACUUCAGCUACUUCC